CCUGUGGUUUAUUCCUUUUUUUUUUUAGUAUAGUUGAAAACCAAGGAACCUGAGGCAAACCCUCUCUUCUCUUCUUCAAAAACGCACCCUAUUCCUCCCUAUUUGCAUCGCAUUUGUUCUUGAAUCUCAGGGUAUUCUCACAGCCGCUUGUGUGAGUGAGAGAGAAUGUUCCAACCAAAGAAGCCCACAACUAUGAAUUCCCAUGAUAGGCCUAUGUGUGUUCAAGGCGACUCUGGUCUGGUUCUCACCACUGACCCCAAGCCUCGCCUGCGUUGGACCGUUGAGCUCCAUGAACGCUUUGUCGAUGCUGUUACUCAGCUUGGAGGCCCUGACAAGGCCACACCAAAAACAAUCAUGAGAGUUAUGGGAGUGAAGGGCCUUACACUUUACCACCUCAAGAGCCAUCUCCAGAAAUUCAGACUUGGAAAGCAACCUCACAAAGAAAUAAAUGAUCACUCUAUGAAAGAUGAUCUUCAAAGAAGUGCGGCUUCGUCCUCAGGCAUGAUGGCUCGUAGCAUGAACGAGAUGCAAAUGGAAGUGCAGAGAAGACUUCAUGAGCAAUUGGAGGUUCAAAGACACCUUCAACUGAGGAUUGAGGCUCAAGGCAAGUAUAUGCAGUCCAUACUAGAAAAGGCUUGUCAAACAUUGGCUGGCGAAAAUAUGGCUUCCGGGGGCUACAAAGGUAUGGGAAAUCAAGGUGUUCCUGAUAUCGGAGCGAUGAAAGAUUUCGGUCCUCUCAAUUUCCCACCGUUUCAAGAUCUCAACAUUUACGGAGGUGACCAACUCGAUCUCCCACACAACAUGGAUAGACCAUUAGUUGAUGGCUUCAUUUCCAAUAAUGAUAACACUUGCCUCGGAAAGAAGAGGCCGAGCCCUUACAGCGGCAGCGGGAAGAGUCCAUUGAUCUGGUCCGAUGAUCUCCGACUGCAAGAUUUGGGCACGGCACCAUCAUGUCUAGGACCUCAAGAUGAUCCUUUCAAAACCGACCAGAUUCAGCUUGCACCGCCGUCUACCGAGCUAGACAGUAUUUCGGAGAUUUACGAUGCCAAGCCGGUGCUUUCGGGCGAUGGCAUAGGUGAAAAGAAGUUCGAAGCAUCGCCUAAGCUGGAAAGGCCAUCGCCAAGAAGGGCAGCACUUCAGACAGAGAGGAUGAACCCUAUGAUAAAUAGUGGUAGUGUGGCACAAGGGAGGAAUUCACCAUUUGGAUGAUCAAUUUCUAACAUAUAUUUGACUUAUGAUUAGACUUUAUUAAUUAAUUAUGCUCCCCGGCCCUGCGUCUGAUAUCUGAAUAGGGUUUUAGUAAAUUAAUUAUAAUUACAAUAGGGUUUUGCCUGAGGUAUAUGAUAAUGCAUGCCAUGCACAUGCAAAUCUUAACUUGUUACUUAAUUGUUAUGAGUUUAGUACAUCAAUUUGUACUUGCCCACCAUUCCAAUUAUAUGCUAUUGUCGAUUUCUACUAUAA